ACAAUCCGACCUUACCCGUACUUCCUCUUCAACGCGCCAUCAAGACAGGGUAAAUCUUACCCACACAGGACGCUUUUUUGGGUGUCGAGUAGAUGAUUUCAAUGGAAACUCGCGGUUUGGCUCUCUGAACCCACUUGAAACGCCUAGAAACCCUGCUUAUUUCCUGCACGAUACUCGCGAUGACAGCGAUUUGACCAGUCGCCGGAAUUGGCGCACUCGCUUCCCUAGCACUGCAGGCUAUCGACGUGAUUUCAGGGAUCGCCGCUCUCCCGGAUCUCCAGAUAGGAAUUUCUCGACACGCAACGAUUCGCCCGGGCAUCUAUACGGUGAUCCUGACACCGGUCGCUGGCGACAUGAUAAAUUUGAACAAUUGGAACGCGAAGGUGAUCAUUCAGUAGAUAUGCCAAAAGCAGCACCCAAACCGGUUCCUGCUCCCAAACCGAUUUUAUGGUCAACUAUCGGAAAGGAAAUCGUAAAUGGAGAGUCGAAGGAGGUGCCAAAGAAUUCCGGACAUACCUACACACCCAACCGAUCUCCUCCGCAUAUGGACGACAGGACUCGUUCAGGGAAAGCCUUUGCAGUUAACGCGAAAAAGAACUUUGUUCCUCGCGGGUCGUAUGAAGCGGAGGAUGUCCGUAUCGACAUGGAACCAGUAUUGGAUGAGAGUUAAUUUGGUGCAUCAAUUCGCGCUUACCUGUUUACCAAUAUCGUCCUUUUGUACAAAAUUUGCGUCGUUUGGAUGCUUUGCUUCUGCCUAUUUGGUUAUUCCAUAUGCAUAUGCACCUGUGUGGACUGCACAGUGACAUCUUGUACACCCGUUACACUGGACUCCGAUAAACGUCAUUUUUCAGAACCCCUUUUACUUUCUAGCUAGCAGACUUCAAUGAAGCUCUUUGGACCAGCCGUCCCGUGCGGCUUAAGAUACUUCUCAUUGAUUGGGGCUCCGCAUAAUGCGAAGGUGUGGCGCAGCUGAGAAGCCCCAGUCGUGUAACUCUUUCCUCUAUAUGUGGAAGCUGCCUGGUUGUAUACGACUUUAACAAUCAGAUUUUCAUUCUUAUCAUCUGAUCUCGACGCGAUCUUGGUAACUCAAACUAUUUUCCAUCCCAUCCCGUUGUUCAUUAAUAGCUGCGAACCUUGAG